UUAAUCAUUGAUUUCAUCGUUUAUAAUCCAAACAAAUUUGAUGACCAAACAAUUUUUUUUGUCAUUUGUCACCAAUAUCAUCGAGAAACACACCCUUUCAUUUCCAGUUAAUUUUUUUUCAUAUCAUUUUACAUUUUUUUAAAAUAUCGAAAUCAUGAAAGCAUUGAUUCUUGUCGGUGGUUAUGGAACUCGUCUUAGACCAUUAACAUUAUCAUUACCAAAACCAUUGGUUGAAUUCUGUAAUAAACCAAUGAUUUUACAUCAAAUCGAUGCAUUGGUUGAAUUUGGUAUUAAACAUAUUAUUUUGGCUGUUAGUUAUCGUGCAGAUAUGCUUGAAGAAUGUAUCAAAAAACAAGCUAAAGAGUUAGGAAUUAAAAUUACCUUCAGUUUGGAAGAAGAACCAUUAGGCACUGCUGGGCCAUUAGCAUUAGCACGCAAAUAUCUAUCUGAAGAUGAUGAGCCAUUUUUCGUGCUAAACAGCGAUGUUAUCUGUGAAUUUCCAUUCAAAUCUUUAUAUGAAUUCCAUAAAAAUCAUGGCCAUGAAGGAACUAUUCUGGUGACCAAAGUAGAAGAGCCUUCAAAAUAUGGUGUAGUCGUUUAUGAUCAAAAAUCUGGAAAAAUUGAAAAAUUUGUUGAAAAACCAGUUGAAUUUGUAUCGAAUAAAAUCAAUGCUGGAAUUUAUAUUUUUGAAACAUCUGUAUUGAAUCGAAUCGAGCUCAAGCCAACAUCGAUUGAAAAAGAAAUUUUUCCAAAGAUGGCUUCUGAAAAUGAACUAUAUGCUUAUGAAUUAUCCGGAUUUUGGAUGGAUGUUGGACAGCCAAAAGAUUUCAUCACAGGCACCGGACUUUAUCUUAAUUCAUUAAAAUCGAGAAAUAUUUUAACCGGUUCUAAUAAUCCUUUGAUAGUUGGUAAUGUUCUAAUUCAUCCUACAGCUAAAUAUGGUCAAAAUUGUCGAAUUGGACCUAAUGUUUCAAUCGGUGCCAAUGUUGUAAUCGAAGAUGGUGUCUGUAUAAAACGUUGCACUAUAAUGAGCAAUUCUAUUGUUCGAGCUCAUAGCUGGCUCGAUUCCUGUAUCAUUGGCUGGAAAUGUCGAAUCGGUAAAUGGGUCCGUAUGGAAAACAAUUGUGUACUCGGUGAAGAUGUUCUCGUCAACGAUGAACUUUAUUUGAACGGUGUAAAAGUUUUACCCAACAAAGAAAUUUCUAAAUCAGUUGCCGAACCAAGUGUUAUAAUGUGAAGUUAUUGUUUUUUUUUUUGUAUUUAAAACACAUUUAUUUAUAUAUUCGCUAAAAAAAUGAUAUGAAAAUUCUAUGUUAAGAAUUUUCAAAGUGCCUUCAAAAUUUUAUUUUGUCUUCAUUCAUCACCACCAAAUGAACGAUGUU